AGCUUUCUUCCGUCUUCCCUCCACUUUCCUUGUCCUUGGCAGUCCAAAACACAUGUUCUCGAGUGUCACAUGUAAUUUCCAUGGAAGUCCAAAAUGCGCGUGAACCAGAUCAACGACGACGUGGACAUGUCCAUCGGGCUGAUCAGGCAGCAGCUUCAGGCCUACACCGAGUGCCAGUUGGACUUUGAAGAAAAAACGCGGCUCCAGACGAGCACCAAAGAGCCCAAAAUGUCGUGCGAAGAUGUCAUUUCCUUGCUAGAACGUGACCAAAUUUUCCUGAACUCAUUGGAGGAGCAAAUCAUGCAGCUGCAGAACCUGAUUGACUGCCUGACAGAGCAGCUGAAAGCCUUCAAGGUGCCGCACCGGAGGUUGGCCUAUGUCUUCAAGGACCGAGUGCAAACCUCGGCCGGAGCCAUCAUUCAGCUCACUGGCCGCCUGUCUGCUGCCAACGCCAAGACUCGGGCGCUCUUGAAUUUGAUCAAGACUCGGUUGGCUGGUACUUCUUGCUGCUGCUGCGUGCACAAGGAAACCUAGAAGAGAAAGAAGCAGUCCCUCCAAGGCCUCCAGCCAAAUACUGAUGUGAAGCAUUUUUUUUAAUAUAAUUUAAAAACUUGAGAUGAUCUUGAUCAAGAGUGUAAAGAAACUUGUACAAUACAGCCAUACUAUGCAUAAUUAAAAGUAUUUUGCCAGAGCUAAUUUGAAAAAUAAAAGGUCUUUAAAC